AUGAGUGACGAAGAAGAUGUGGAAGUGAAUGUUGUUAGCGAAACGGAAGAAUCAUCAAACGAUGAUAAUAAUAAAAAAUAUAAAGAAACAUCAUAUGCAAAAACUAAAAUAAAUUAUUUAAAUAAAAAACCGGAAACGAAACUUAAUUUUACAAAUAAAAUAAAUUUAAUUAAAAAUACGAGUCCGGAUGUAAAAAAAAAAAGAUUAGAUGAUUUUCCUGAAAGAAAAUCCGACGAUUGGUUAGAAUUAAGAGGAAUUGAUUUUGAACAAUGGAGAAAAUUAUCACAUCAAAAAUUUGUUUUCGAACAACAACAGCAACAACGUACAUCGAAUUCGCCUAAUUUAGAUGUUAAAAAAACGGAAAUGACACAAACGGAAUCACCGAAAAAUAAACAGGAAUCAUAUUGCGAAAAUUUAUCACGGGGUAGUAUAGAACUUAGAAGAAUACAAUUAGGGGGUGAUAUUAGGUCUAAAAGUCCGAUAAGAACGAGAUCCCCGGAUCGUUUAAGAGAAAGAUCAAAAUCACCGACGCAACAACCGUCGCCAUCGAUAAUAGAUGUUAAAAAUGGGAAAUCAUCACCGGAAAUGAAAAAUUAUAGGUGUUCUAAAAGUAGAUCUAGAUCACCAUCACCGAGAUCUAAGAGUCCUCAACCAUCAUCGACACCCAAUCCCAUGUACACAUCAUUUACAAUAUCUAGUAUAUUAAGAAGGACGGAUUCAAGUGCUAAGAAAAAUAGUAGUAGUGGUAGUAGUAGUAGUAGUUACGGUAGUGGGAACGUGCAACAGAAUUUUGUUUUGGAUGCUGCAACAAAUUUUUUAACACAUCAUCCGGCAUGUACGGAUCCGACAAUGUUAUCAAGUCAAAUUAUAAUUUAUGUUUGGUCAUUUUUAUAUUCAUACAUAUACAUUCUCUACGUCUUAAUUUUAAGUUAUGACGUCAUAACCGUCGUUACGUUAAACGUGUGA